UUCUUUUCAACAAAAUAUCACUGGCAACAAAGGUAUUAUCAAGCAUACGCAACCUAUUGUUUCACAACAACAACAACAACAACAACCAUGCAACAAAAGCUCAUCGUCAAUUCAUUUCGACAGUAACAACACUCUGCACAUGGAACCAACACAAGGCAACGUAUCUCACUCUAUGAUAGUUUCUAUAACAACGCCUACAACUUCAACAAAAGAUUCCGUAACAGCAGCAACAGCAGCAACAGCAGCAGUAGUGGAAACUGAACGGGCGAUCACAACAACAGCGCAAUUAUGCAAAGAUGAUGAUAUGAUGGUACGCUCAACAAUGGUAUCUUCUACAUAUACUUGUUUUUUCAUCACACUAGAUCUUGUAUGUAUGACAGGCAAUGACAUGAUGAAAUCUGGAAGAAAACCAUGGACAAAGGAAACGUGGCCGUUCUUGGUAGCAUGGAAAGAACAACAACAGAAGCAUUACGAGCAGUUACUACAAUGGUUGCAUCCAUGGAUCGACAAAGGGUAUCAAGUGGAAUUGAUAAAUGACAGUCAUCUACGGUUGUAUUUCCCUACAGCAACGACUCGACAGCAAGCUUUGGUAUGGUUGGAUGAAUUCAAGCACAAAUUGAUCAUGGAAUAUGGCGGUUGCCCUGAUUGGCAGCUAGAAGAAGAAACGGUUUUAAUACAAGAACCUUUACUUCCGGUGGGACCCGAUUACUUCCAAGGUAUACAUUUGUUUUUGACUCAUAUCGAUGAACUGGUGGAAAAUGGACCUGGCUUUACCAAAUUUGGUUUCGUUGAUGGUACUUGAUUUCAUUCUUUCCCCUCCUUAUUCUUCUUUCU